UUAAUAAUAGUAUUAAAUUAUUUUUCAAAUUUUUUUUUUUUUUUUAUGUUUCGCGGUCUUUUGUUAAACGGUGGUAUUAUACAGUGUUUAAUUUGUGACGGACUUUUGACAGUAUUAUUUUUUUUUAUAAAAGAAUGAUGAUUUUAUGAAAAACUUGAAUAAAUAAAUGAUAUAGUUGAUAUAAAUUGAUUGGAAAUAAAUAAAAUAACAAUAGAAAUUUUUUUUUUUAAAAAAACCACUAAUAUAAAUCAUGAAGGCAGUAUUAUUGGUGUUAUUAAUUGGAUGGACCAGUUGCCUGGCACAUCCAUCUACUCAAACGUCAGCAAAGAUAUCAACCAAGGCCAAACAAACAACGCCAAUUAUUCCGAUUACUGUCACCUCAACAAUGGCCAUAACAACAACAACAAGCCCAAUGCCAAUAUCAACAGUAUCAUCAUCAGCAUUAUCAUCACUAUCACCAACAACAACAACAGCUCAAACGACGACAACAACAACAACAGCAUCACCACCACCACCACCAUCAUCAUCAUCAACAACAAGACUAGCAUCAAUAUCUUUAGAAUCAUUAGAAAGAUCUAAAAUAACUGAUGAAAACAUAUCAUUAGAAAUAACAAAUAAAAAACCAACAAAUGGUACAUCAACAUCAUCAGUUAAUCCAAUUAAAGAGACACGUGAAUCACCAACUAAAAUUCGUCCACAAAUAAAAUUAAAUAUAAACUACAAUGUUAAUGAGACUGGUGUACGAUUGCCAGAGGGUGCAUCAGCAGCACUUGAAAAACCAACGAAAUACCAUUACUAUCCUCACAAUCAGCAUAUUUAUUUACUACCAGAAUGUGCUGUACAACAAGUAUGUAAUGCAGUUUAUGUGAGAUUAAAUUUCACUCAGCCACUAUGUGCAUGUCCAGGUAGAUAUCGUGAUCCAUGUAGUGCAUCACUUAACAGUGAUGAUCUUCAUACAACUGAACUUGUCACGGAUUCACGUAGCAAGGCUUUAACACUUGUUAAAACUUGUGAACCCGUUGGAGAAAUGAGAGAAUGCAGAGCACCAAAAGACUGGUCACUUCUUGCAUUGCAAAAUGUACGAACUGGAAAAUCACAUUAUCUCGUUAUUUGCAGAUGUCCCGAUACAAACAUUCUUGAGGGACCUAUGAGCCAUGAUCAACCAACAUAUGCCAGUGUGCCUGGAAUUAAAGUUUAUGGUAUGAUGUGCACACAAAAAAUUCGCCGAGGACGAGAAUCAAGACAUUCACGAAAAAUAUUUGGACAAGGCGUAACAGAAAAUAGACCAGCAUUUCCAUGGCACAGAGUACCAGAAUUAUUGAAAAUUGCAAACUGGGUUUAAAUUUAAAAAUAACAACAUAAAAAUCAUGAUAAAUCAAUAAACUAAUCCAUAAACUAUCAUACUAUUUAU